GAUGCUUCCGCGUCGGCGGAGCCCUGCGGGAGCACACCUGAGGCUGAAGGAGCUCCGCGGUUUCCAACCUGAGGUCCGGGGACACUGGAUAUUCACCUGCUGGCAGAAAAGGAGCAGGAAGAGUGAAAGGCUCGUCAACGUUCUGUCUGAGUCCGUUGCGUUCGCUGUCAGGCCGACAGGUGGGCGUCCUCUGUCCGGAUGAGCUGAACCAGGCUGGGUUUUCUAUAUCCACAGGUGAGGGUUCAUUCGGAAGGCCAAGCUCUAUAUUUAUCACCUGAGCUGAUCUGAAAUGGAAGGUGGCUCAAAGCUUCAGCCGCCUUCAGCUGCAGAGACCCAGGAAGACCGAGACCCAACGCCACCCCAGAAUCCAGAAGGUCUCAGGCAGAGUGAGGGACAGAAAAGUCGUCCGGCAAAUCCAGAUGAGGAUGAUGUGACUGAAAACGUGCUCGAAGAUCGUGAUCCACCUCCGGACCAACCUGAGGUCCAAACCGAAGACAGAUUUCCAACAUGGACUCUUACUGAAUCAGCAGAGUUCAGUCCAGGGGAGAAGAUCCAGGACUCUAUGGACGAGGCCUCCUGUCCGUAUGAGAACCAAACACACCUGGACCUGACGUCUGCCGCGGCCAAUCAGGAUGAAGCUGAGGGGUCAGGUGGCAGCGUGCCGGAACUGGUGGUCACUGAGGCGGACCAGCACCGUCGGUCAGCAGCAGCUCCUCAGAGAGCAGCAAGGCCCGCAGACCUGGUGAUCCCCGCAGCCGUCAGCGUGAGCAGCCUGACCUCCGGCUGUGAUGCAGGAGACCUGACCUACUGCGACCUCCAGUCUCCCAGGAGCGACUCCUUCUCUGUGAUCAGCGAGACAGCCAUCUCCAGGAGGAGCGAAGAGGACGAUACGAGGAGCGUCACUGCUUCAUCCGUCAUGUCUCUGUUCCACAGGGUGCAGCUGGAGCCUCUGGAGAAGGACUGGCUGCGGAGUUCAGCCGUGGGGAACGUGGCCGCUCAGCGCCUGCUCCUGGCUCAGGAGCCCGGCCUGGUGUUGAAGAAGGACUUCAUCACUGGGACGGCACUUCACUGGGCAGCCAAGCAGGGCCGUAAGGAGACCGUGGACAUGAUGCUGCGCUCUGGAGCCGACGUCAAUGUCAGAUCGCAUGGGGGUUACACCGCUCUUCAUCUCGCCUCCAUUCAUGGUCACCAGGACAUCGUUCAGACCCUCAUCAGUACAUACAAUGCUAAAACCAACAUCAGAGAUUACCACGGAAAGACAGCUGUCCAGUACUGGAGCGGCAGCAAAGACAUAUUCAACAAAGCAGAUUCUCACGCAGGUGGCAGGUUUUUCCCCAGCCGCCGGACGCAGCGCUUUGCUCUUCCAUCGCUGCGUCUGUCUCGCUCUCGCAGUCAAGGACAGCUCCACCUGGAGUUCGGCGCGGCGCACCAGUCGGCAUCUUAUGAAGCGCUGGACCUCCAUGUCUGACCUCCUGUGGGACUUUUUGGGAGUCUCCUGGGACUUCUCUGCAGCUUCUCGCCUUUCAGAGCUUUCUUUACAUCCAACGAUGAGUUCUCAGCUGGAAAAAACACGAUCCCUGAAUACAAUUUUUAUUUAUUUUUUUCAGAUUUCAAGAUCAGAAUUUGACAUUUUGUUGGAAGUUUAGUUUAGUUUAUACCAUUUUUUCCACAUAUAUCCAACUGUCAUGGCCCUUAUCACACUCAACAGAGGAACCACAGAAAAACUGACACAAAAAAUUACUGAAGAGAACCAAAACCCUGCAGACACCAUCAAGGUUCUGGAUUAUUUUCCUACGCUGUAGCAUGGUCUUUAUGCAAAGCCUUAGAUCAGUCUGAGAGGA